UACUGGAAAAAUACAGCAAGUAAUGCAUAGUACAAAUACAAAUACCAGGAGAUGGACAAGACGUAACUUUUUGCCGAUAAUGCGCAUAAAGAAGUGUUUCGGUCUCCAAUUAAAAACAGCUGCUUUCUGUAUCGGGUACUUUCAGAUUUGUGGUGAAGUGACAUCAGGAGUGCUGCUGCGCACUGGGGUAGACCCGCUCGGGCACCGGACCGCCUCGGGCGCACACACCUCUUACAUCACGGGAAUAUUCUGGUUCUUCAUACUUAACUUCAUACUCAUUGUUGGACUGCAUACGGAGAUGUUGCUGCUACUGCGAGUCUACUACGUGGUGCAACUGGCGCAUGUGGUGCUGGGCUCGCUGCUGGCACUCGUCCUACUGUCGCUGGUCAACUUCGUGCUCGGGAUUAUGAUGUGUCUUACUCUUUUAAUCCUGUUUUUCUACGUGGUAGUAAUACGAAGCACGUGCUUACAUCUGGAGCAGAAGAAGCAGCAGAUGAAAGCGAGACAAGAGACGAGAGACAGAGACAACCCGAGGAGACCACAGACUUCCAAAGACUCUGCCGGCAGCCAGCAGUCCCGGGGCAGCCAACAAUCCCGGGCCAGCCAUAGCUCUGAGUCGCGAGCACCACUUUCGAUCCUCCGUUAACGUUGCGUAUCGUCAUCUGUCACUGUCAAAAUGUAAGGCAAAGUUAGUUCCAAAAGUGACAUUUGUUUUUUCCAUAUGUUAGGUGGAAUUUCAGCAAACGCUAAACGUAUUUAUUAGCCUGUCAUACAUCUGUCAGUUAAUACAAAAUGUAUUUAUAAUUUGAUUUAAAUACGUUUAGCGUUUGGUAAAAGUGACCCUUCGUGUAGAUUCGAAAA